UAUCUACCUCUACGAGAGAUAGAUCCGACUCCCGACAAGUGUGGGAUAAAGAUGGUGAUGUUGUUGACAGGAGUAUGACAAGUAUGGGCAACAUCGUCCUAAUCUAUGCUUUUGUACUCAUCCUCGUAAGUUUCGGCGUUGAUUUUGGUGUCGUCCAGUGGCUACAGCAGUAUGGCGUCAGGCAACAGGAUAAAAAUGGAUCAUACUUACGCCUGAAUUCAUGUAUAGUGCUUGGUGCCCAGUCGUCAUUAUGCUCGUCCGGAUUCGCAUCACUCAAUGGCACUAAGCCAACUAGUAGAGUAUCAGCUGUUUGA